AUGUCUGCAAAGUCGCCUCUCGAGUCGGUCCAAUCAUGCUGGGAAAGAGUCAGCUCGAACUCGCCCGUGUAUAAUUUCUUCUUCAAGGAUAUGAAGAUCGUAUCUGCGAAGCAUGGAACAAUGACUGCACAAUGUACCGUCAACGAGAAUAUGAUAAACUCGAAGGGCGGUCUGCAUGGAUCUGUCUCGGCCACGAUAGUAGACUGGGCUGGCGGAAUGGCGAUUGCUUCUACAGGACUCGAAAAGACGGGAUUGAGCACUGACAUUCACGUCUCAUAUGUGAGUACCGCCAAGCUCGGUGAUGUCUUGACCAUAGAAGGGAUUGCGAGUAAGGUCGGAAGGAAUAUGGGAUUCACGACAGUCACAAUCUCGAAAGGUCAAAGCGAACAAAGUACGGUUGUUGCCCACGGCACGCACACAAAGUACAUCCUGCGAGACCAGGAGAGCAAGACCAAGGCUUGA